AUCCUAACACCUCUCACCACCAACUGCGUCGACGUCCAACCCCCUUUCUCGUUGAACGCCAUUAAUAUACCAAAUGGAGUGGUAACAAAGUCGGCCACUCGCAUAACAUCAGCGCUCUGUCACUCUUGCCAUCGGGCGUCCAUCAGACCACUCCUUACGUGCCAGCGAUGCGCGUCUCCGACGUGUACGAUAUGCUCGCGCACAUGCCACCCGCCUCCUACCACCACUUCUACGAGUUACAUGAUCCAGCUUUCCGGAGUGAACAAGGUUCAGGUUCCUCAGCACAUCGGGGCCACAAAGACGAAACGAACGCGUGCGGAUGCGGAAGGAGAUUCGUAUCCAGACAUACAGGAAUGGGAAGAUGACUAUAAUGAGGGUGGAAGGCAUGGGUCUCGUGAAGACAUGACGUGUUGCGCGCGCACGAUCUGUCGCGGGUGUUGUGUUGAGGAUGCACGAACUGACCUUGUCCAGUGUCUUGACUGCCGCUCAGCAACUAGCAAGUUAGCGGCUGAUGCUCCUGAUCCUGAACUCUCCCCGGCCCCCAUCGACACUGUCGACAUCUCUUAGACAGCGUACCAGGAAGUCCAUCUCGAUACCUUCAUC